AUGAACUUUAUGGAUGAAAAUGAUGAAGCGUUUAAAUUUCCUCUGCAAUUGGACAAUGUUAUCAUGCCUACAGAUGGAGAUGGACCUCAAAGUAUGUUUGGGAACGUUUUCUUAGAAAUGGUAGAGGAUUUACGUUUAGCUUAUCAAGAAGGGUCAAGAGCAAAAUAUGAGCACUGUUGCACUCGCUCUGAUAUUCUUUUGGAGUACGUAUGGGAGCAGUUCUACAUUGGUCACUGGAAAGACGUGCCUUUGGCAUGGAGAAAAGUUUAUUCACAAAUCAGCUGCAUUAAGGCUUCAAGUCAGUAUUUCCUUCUGAAAGAAAAUUUCAAAGAAAUAAAUUUUAAUGAGGAACAAAAGAAUAGAAUAUUUAAAAAACAAUUAAAGAAAAUAUUGAGGAGUUGUGACAUGGGACUAUUGAUGGGAUAUUCACUGCCAAAUAGUGUACUGCCUCAAUUUGCUUCGUACAUUCACAACAUCUACUCCACUCUCUUUCAUGUGGCUAAUUUUUCCUCAAAUAUCAAUAGAGAAAAUGAUGUUGAACAUAAACAGAAGAAAACCAAACUUAUUGAUAACGAAUCAAUUGAAACAGUUUAUUGUCCAUCCUUGGAAUAUUUUCAAACUGUUAUCAUGAAGAAUGGUCAGCCAGUUUUAAUGAAAAAUUGCAUAGACAAGUGGCCAGCUUUAUGUGAAAGAAGAUGGACAGUCGAUUACAUAAGAAGGAAAGCAGGCUGCAGACUGGUGCCAAUUGAAAUUGGUUCCAAGUACACAGAUGACUCUUGGUCACAAAAGCUCAUGCGAAUUGAUGAAUUUAUUCAACAAUAUAUACUUAAAGAUACAGAGGAGAAAGGCUAUUUAGCACAAUAUCAACUUUUUGAUCAAAUUGAAGAUCUAAGAAAGGACAUUAUUGUACCUGAUUACUGUUCCAUCAGUUCAGAAGAUUGUGAUGUGAACAUUGAUAUUAAUGCUUGGUUCGGUCCGGCUAACACUGUCUCUCCCCUGCACAGAGAUGAAAAAGAAAAUUUAUUUUGCCAGGUUUUUGGACAGAAAUACUUCAAACUGAUUGAUCCAACAUACUCAGACAAACUUCACAUUCACAGUGAUCACUUGCUACAAACAACCAGUCAGAUUGAUGUAGAAAAUGUUGAUUUAGGAAGAUUUCCAGAUUUUCACAGAAUUCCUUACAAAGAAGUGGUGGUGGAAGCGGGUGACGUCCUCUACAUUCCUCCCAUGUACUGGCAUUUUGUCAAGUCUUUGUCUACAAGCUUUUCUGUUACAUUCUGGUGGGAGAACUCACCCAUGAAAUAA